UAUCGACAUACCUAAUAUUUGAAACAAUGAAAACGAAUUUAGUUUUUUUGUUUAUUGUGAUAUUGUUUCGAGAUGCAGUUGGUGAAAAUUUAAUUCAUAUGUAUUUUGAUUACUUUGAAGACAUUUAUUUCCAUACAAACUCAUCUGGAAUAUCGGAAAAUUGUAGCAAAAUCUUCAAAGACGGAAUUUUCUCAGAUGAUAUACUCUAUGAUGCUAGUGCUAAGCUUCCCUCAGGAAUAUAUCAAGGAGACUAUUUUGAUCUGGGGAAUUUUGACGAAUGUUACAACUAUGUAAAAAAUACAUCUGAAGGAACUCCCGUUUUUGGAAAAUAUUGUUUAGGUCAAAUGAACACAGAAGUAAUAUAAAUGAUACACAUAGAUGUUAGUGGAAAAAUUGAAAAUAUUAGUCUUCAUAGUGGUUUCUGUUUGAAUAGCUACUGUUCUUUGGACGACUUCUCUAAAAUAUUCUACUUACACAAUUUCACUGAAGAUAAAUGCCAUUCCAGGCAAACAGAAAGUUCAAUUUUUCGUGAAAAUGUCAUCACAAUCGUUAUCAUAGGAACUUCUACAGCAGUAGUGCUUCUGUCAACUUUGUAUGAUAUGGUGUUAUCAUACAAAGGAAUAGAGACGAAAAGACAACCAAUGGUAAUUUUUUCGGCCUUGGAAAAUACCAAAAAACAUUUCGCAACUUCAAACAGCUCAAAUCAAAUACUGUGUAUCCAUGGAAUAAAAACCAUAAGUAUAUUCUGGAUAAUAUUCUUUCACGAGCAUGCAAUUUGGCAGAAUGCUCCUCUCAGUAAUCAAUAUGAUUUACCAAAAUACGACGAAGUUAAGAAUGCAUAUAUUUCCCAUGCACCUCUCGCUGUGGAUACAUUUCUGACAAUCGCAGGAAUGCUGACUACCCUAAGUAUGUUGAAGAAGAAAAAUAUUAAUAUUUUCAUCUGCAUUAUGCACAGAUACUUGAGACUGACUCCUGUUCUAGCCAUCGCAGUUUUAAUGCAUUCUACGAUUUUGAGAUAUUUUGGUAAUGGUCCAUGUUGGAAUAUUUUCGAAAGUAUACUGAUUCAGCCCUGUAGAAACAAUUGGUGGAUGACACUGCUUUAUGUACAGAAUUAUUUGUCACCUAUGAAUUAUUGUGUCCCCCAAUCAUGGUACUUAGCUGUCGACAUGCACUGUUUCAUUUUUGGUACUAUAAUUCUCAUUCUGCUGAGAAAUUCUAUUAAAAAAAUGGUUUUUGUCACAGCCUCCUUGAUCUUGACAGGUAUAGCAGUAACUUAUUUCAUUUGUUACACUUAUGGUUUACCAGUUUCUAACUACACCAACGGGUGGGACAAAUCAGAUAAUUACAUUAAAACGUACUACGUACCAACGCAUACAAGAUUUCCACCAUAUAUGAUCGGCAUGUUGUGUGGGCUGUUUAUGAAAUCGAUCCAGUCUUCCGAAGUUGGCAAAUACCAUCUUACCCAUGUAUGUAUAAUGAUUAAUUAUUCAUUAGGAGAAAGAAUUCAAUUGUUUUUUGUCGCGUAGAUUUCAAAUCUAUUU